AGUGGCAAAUUGGCAAGACUUUCACCGGUAGACGGUUGUGUAUACUGCUAAAUCACUUCAUUGCUACUGUCACCGCGCGAUGAAUACGAGCGAGUCACCGCCACCGCCAACAUCAGCGACGCCAUCACCGGUACGGCGGAGAGAGAGUCCAUGGGGUCUUUCAGACGGCGAUCACCGCCAACCCAAGCCCCACCGCUGCAACGAUCGUGUCGAAGAUGUCAUCCAGGCCUGUUUUGAAGGGAACCCAUUUAAGACUGUUCCGGGGCCUUUCAAGCUUUUCUAUCGCUGCAUGCGCGCAAAACCUGGGGAGGAGCCAACAGAGCCUUUCUACUACUUGCAACUGGAUCCGCCAAGGAGAGAAGUACAACUUGAGUGAUGUCUUCAGUCGAAUACUCAAUUUCUUAGAUAGAGAAGUGUAGUAGGUUGGGUUCUUUCUGAUGUCUGAAUUAUAAUGCACUUGUAUUGCUCCCCUUGUUAUAAAAUAAAGAAGUAUCACUUAAACAUUUCCUUCUA